AUCCAUUUCUGAAACCCUCAAGUCUCUCUCUUCCACUCCCAAGUUCAACUGCGGAUUAGGUAACAAAUCGAAUCUCAGGUUCUAUUUAUUUAUUAUAAUCGCAACAUUGGUGUAAUUCUGAAGAUUAGGAUUUCUGCGUCAUGUUGUCUUCGAUUCUGAAAAUUUCUUCCGUUCAUUGUACGAAGAUUUAUUUAGGUUUUGGACUGAUAUGGAUGUCGAUCGUCUAAUUCAAUGUUUGAAUCGGAUGUAUUUUUUAUUCGUGAUCUGAGUUUUUUUCUUUGCUUCAAUUUAUUCUUCAUGUUUCCAUCUUCAUAUCACUCGUACCAUCUUUGGGGUCUGCUAUGCUAGUUGCCGUUGCUGUUGCAAAAGCAUAUUUGUCGAAUAAGCAAGCAAAUUCAUAAAAUUCUAUUGUGACCAUAUUUUCCAUAACCAUUUAAGAUGAAUUCUUUGGUUUAUGUUGACUGUGCGGGGAUGCGUUGUUAUGCUAUCAAAAAUUAAAUUCUGUGAAUUCAAAGUGUCUUUUUUUGUUUUUGAAGUUUGUUGUUUCGCAAAAAUGACUAGUUUUUGUUUUUUUUGUUGUUGUUGUUAUGAACCCUUUCAUCGAUUUUUUAUUCAUAGAGAAGAAAUAAUAUUGUCUGUUUAUUUUGAUGGUUUUGAGUUUUGUAAUAGAUGGCUGAAACAAAAUCAGCAAUGAGGAAACCAGUUUUCACCAAGAUUGAUCAACUAAGGCCUGGCACCAGUGGACACAAUAUAGUAGUGAAGGUUGUCACUUCGGAUAUGGUAUUGCAGAAGGGCCGCCCAGAUGGCCCCCAAGUGCGUCAAAUGAAGAUCGCUGAAUGCGUGGUUGGAGAUGACAGUGGGACUAUUGUAUUUACUGCGCGGAAUAACCAAGUGGACCUGAUGGAGCCUGGUACUACAGUAAUUCUGCGCAAUGCAAAAAUAGACAUGUUUAAGGGGUCAAUGAGGCUUGCAGUGGACAAGUGGGGUCUUGUUGAAGUUACUGAACCAGCAAGCUUUAAUGUUAAAGAAGACAAUAACCUUUCACUGGUCGAGUAUGAACUGGUCAAUGUCGUGGAGGAGUGA